AUGCCUGCUGGCGUGCUGGCUUGCUGCUUGCUGCUUGCUCAAGGCUGGGCACUUCGAUACCAUCCAUCCAUCCAUCCAUCCCUAGACAACAGGGUUAUAUAUGGCGCUAGUUGUGCAAUAUUGCCGCGCGCUGCUGCUGCUGCUAUUAUCGCGGUAGAUAAUGGGCAGGAAUAUACCGCGUGCAUGGUUUCGGCGGCGGCGGGCGCCUCGUUUGCUUCAUGCUUGGGAGUUGGUGGUGGUGGUGGUGAUGCUGAUGAUGAUGAGGUGGGGAGCGAGGGCAGGGCGCGCGCGCGCGAGGGUCCAGAAGGUGAGACGGGAGGGCGCGACCGUGCUGCUGCUAAAGUUAGCAAGCUUUCCAACAUCACCACCACCAUCAUCACCAUUGCCACCGUGACUGGCAAAGAAUAG